AUGCUUGAGGGGCCUUCGGCGGAUGGGCUCCCCCUUUCAGGACGUCGUCAGGUUAUGGUCCUCAAGGAUUCUGAUCUAAUCGUAGCUGCUGGAUGCGAACUGAGAAUAACGUCUCUUUCGGACUCUAAGCUUGGGAGGAGUACGAACAAGUCUUUCAAAAUCUUGAAUACACCAGAUAUUCAAUUUGGAAUCAAUCAACUUGCACUGAAUCCGAGCGGGAAGCUCAUAGCUGUAGCGGGAGCAUACCAGGUUGCAGUUGUGGUCCUCCCUCGCGCUGGGUAUUCCAAGCUUGUGCCUUCUUCCGUGGACUGCAAGUCAAUCCAAGUAGGAUCUUUCUACCAUCAUUCGCAUGCGUCUGCCCCCAUAGCCAAGAUUGAAUGGCACCCUUGGGGCGAAGCAGGAUCCACUCUUAUGGUUAUGACUGUCGAUGGGAAAUUGAGGGAGUAUGACAUUUCGGUUGAUACUGAAGAGCCCCAACAAGUUCUGUCCUUUGUUCCCGAGAAGAAGACCUCAAAGUCAUAUUUGGCUGAAGAUCCUGCAGAGCGCGAGGUCGCAUCAUUCACUCUGGGAAAGGGUAAAGCAGAUUGGGGUCCACUCACCGUCUAUGCUGUUAUGAGGUCAGGGGACAUAUAUGCUAUAUGCCCCUACAUGCCGCAAAACGCAUCUGUUCCAUCGUCUUACGUCCACGCACUCGAGUGUUUCAUCUCCGCUAAACAAGAGUUCCUAUCCCAGGGAACAUCCAGCGGAAUAUCAGCCCUUUCGACGCUCUACAACUAUCAGCGGAAAUAUGUCACAGCUCUGCUAAAGCAACUUCCACCUGGGACUGUGUACCCGGCAAUCUCACGCUCUUUCUCUAUGCACCCUCCUACGACCAUCAAAAGUCAACCGAUGCGUCAGGGGCCUUUCCUCCUCCAGCCUUCGCCUCGUUCAUUGGAAGACAGUGAAGGUGGUGAUACAACGGACAUCGCGUAUCUUUCUUUCCUCCGUGAUGAUGAUGAAGACGCAGGCGCGACUGAGCGUCUCGGAAUUGUUAUUGUCACUCAUCAAGACGGUAAAGUUGAUGUGUGUUUAGACGUAGAGAAAGUUGAAGCACGAUGGGAGAGCAAACAGGAUCAGUCUCAGGACUUGCCUAUGCUAGCAGUUUACGAGUGCAUAGACUUGGGCCUGAUUUCGAUGCUGAAACAAACGUCUCCUUUGUCGUCAGGCACACCCAUUCUCGACCUCCUUCAAGCAAACCACCCUGUCUUAUUGAUGGAUCCGAUACAUGACGAUACUGUUUACGUCUACCAUGCUUUUGGCGUCCAUGUCCUUGACUUUGGAGACCUACUGCAAUGUCUCACCAACGGACUCCGCGCAGAUGACGACGACGGUGUUGCAUUGAAUCAAGCAUUGCAAAUUUCGGCAGGCACCCAUGUCGUGCCCUUGCUAAAUACCUAUUCAGUGGACCGAAGAUGCUCGAAUCCGAUUAUUGCUAUAUCUGUACCAAACGACGUCUAUCUCUCGUACAGUAUCCUAAUGCUUACCUCCGUCUUUCGUUUUACAUCCUUCCCCCUCAACCUUCGCACCGAUCUCUCUCUCUCUCGGACAGCUCCCAAUCUUCCUGACAAGAAUAAAACUUCUGAAACAGAGGAUUUUCUUGCGCCCAUUGAAGGACCAUCGGCGUACAUCUCACUUUUAGGCACGGAUCCCUUCGUGCCACCUCCAACGCUUUCGCGUCACUCUGGACUGCCCAGCAAUCCUCGCAUCACGGUUGGGACCCCAAACACCAAAACAGAAUUCGUGCUCACUCCUGAAACAUUGCGAUAUCUGGGUUCAACAAUUGAAGGCUUGACAUCGCACAUCCACGAAAUUAUCCUCGCAUACAAAGCCACAGAAGUACGAGCCGAACUGCAGGCGAAGGAAUUUGAGCGACAGCAACAGAAAUGUGGUGCGAUGCUUGAUCUCAUUGAACAGCUGGGUGGCUCGCGGAAUAGCGAAGUUAAAGAGCGCCUCGAGAGAAUACGGGAAGCAUACAGGGCGCUGGCAUCGAGGCUGGAUCACAGACUGCAGACGCUUAUGCAGCAAGCGUCGCCGAAGCUUAGUGAAUAUGAGACGAAGUGGUUUGAGGAAUUACGGAGAAUGAAGGCAGAGAUCGCUGGGGCGGGCAGGUACGACGAGCAAUCGCUCGCUGCGCGAACAUCACUGCUUAAACGCGAGUACAAGCGAAUGCUGCCUAGCUUGAAUGACAUGGCUGCGAAGGAGGCAGAGCGCAAGAAGCAUUCGAGUGAGAGUGGACUAGGAUUAUCCCAGGCUUUCCAAUUUGGAGAGCGAUCGAAUCAAGAGCGCACCAAGAUAGCCGAGCUGGAGGAAGAGAUCAUGAAAAUGGCAUCAAAAUUGGAACUUUCGCUGUCUCGCCCGCCAUCGCUGCGGGAAAUCUCCAAGAACGAAUAG